CAAGACCCAGAUUACAAACUUCAUAGCAAGCACACGAGUACCUCCUUGGUCUAUUCUUCACCUAUCCAAAUCGGUUCCCAACAAGACAAAUAAGCCUCCACCUAUCCAAAUCGGUUCCCAACAAGACAAAUAAGGUCGGCUUUUCUGGAUUUCUCAAGGAUCCCCAGCACUGUCCGGAAGCCUUCAAUGAAGGCUGUUUUUGAUCUGGUUACAGAACUGGAUUCAACUGGGAUCAAUCACACGUAGUUGUGAACAGCAAAGGAAGCAUCAUGAAGUCUAGGACGCGAUGUGCCGACUGUUUUCAGGCAGAGUCGCUGAGUAGAGCCAGCAGAAUCACUCUCAUCGACUGCUCAAGGCAUGGACGUGAGGCAGCCGCCAAGGCUGGCCUGGUUGGAUUACUCGUUGGGUCUGCUUGCUGUGCUGCCGCUGCUGCCAAAAUGAGGACGGACAGUUCUCCUUUGUUCACCUUCUUUCGGAUUUGUCUUGCACUUAUUUCAAUCUGCGGAUUCUGUAGAGCAUUUGUCAGGGUAGUAAGGCCCUACAAUCAGUUGCACUAUUUCCGGUUCUUGUUCGCAUACGUAGUGGCCAUGACAGCCUCGUCAGCAGUUGCUACUUUAGCUACUUUAAUUGCAGUUGUGACUGCAAUCAGAAUGUGUUUCAAAACAGCGUUGGAGUAUAGCGUUGGCAAAGAUCCCCAGAAAUGGCUGUUGUCAGUAGCAUCCAUCGCUGCAGAGUGUCUCGAAGUGGGUGCAUUGAUUCUUCAGAUGAUCCUGAUGGCACAGUGGGUUUUUGGAGAAUUCAGUGUUAUGCCCGUCCUAUCGUCCAUGAGCGUUAUGUUCACUCUGCUUCAUCACCUGAACAGCUUUGCGCCGGAAUCUCUAUGGUGGGAAGAUGUUUUCUAGCACCACACUGUAAAUUAAAGAGCUCUUCACCG